GUAUUUGAAUUCAUCGACCACCGCGUACGCGGUGUCACUACCCGCGAAAGGACCACCGACGCCGAUGCAGCACUACUGCUGCCGAACUUGGCAGGACGGUGCCGCGGCAGUUGUCCGACGUCCUCAGCUUCGAGGAGCCGCCCAGAGAUGGCGUCUCGUGCGUGCGAGCCCGUUUCUGCCACGGUGGGAGUCUGCUACUGGAGCUGUGUGUCGUACUCCGGGGGUACUGCCCCUCGCCUGGGAACGGAACCGCGACAACGUUUGCUGCUGGCGUGCAUUACAGCGUGCAUGUGUCGUGUCUGCUUCGAACGGAUGUCAAGAACAAUCGCUUGGACUUUGCGCGGCCGAUAGGGACGGCCCCUCAGCGCCGAUAAAACUAGGUCGUCGGUCGUCGGUGUGUUCCACUCGCGCGGUGGCGAGCAAAAGAACGGUCAUGUCCAAGUCCGCGCUCCUCUUCGGCAUGGUCGGCGUUGUCGGCACACUGUGGUCGUUCUGGACCACAGCGUUGCUGGUGGCGUUUGUCUACCUGGUUACGGGCGGAUGGCGAACCAUUCGUCUAAUGGUCGAAACCGCACCGCGAGACAUGAGGGCGGGAAUAGGCUAUGCCCGUCUCAAUUGGUACAUUUACCAACGAGUGCGCGAAAAUGCUACCGUGGGACAGCUCUUUCAACGUACCGCUGAGCGUCUACCCAACAAACCGUGCUUCAUUACACAGGAGCGCAGCUGGACCUACCAAGACGUGGAGCGGUGGACCAACCGCGUGGCUCACUGCUUUGCGCGUGAGGGCUUCCGCUUUGGCGAGGAAGUCUCCCUGUUCACGGCCUCUCGACCCGAGGCCCUCAUGCUCUGGUUGGGCCUCUCCAAGAUCGGCGUCGUUUCUGCUCUCGUCAAUAACAACCUGAAGCAGGCGUCACUCUUGCAUUGUAUCACCUGCAUCAACAGUCGCGCCGUCAUCUUCACGGUGGAUCUCCUAGAGACACUCAAAGAGGUGCAGCCUGACAUCGUUCAGAAACUGAGAGGAGUGCGCUUCUAUGUCCUAGGGGCCCCCAACGACGAAGCCCUCCACGGAUUCAACGCUAAGCGACUGGAGCCUCUGCUGGAUGAGAGUUCCACCGAUUCCCCCGCUCCGUGUGGUGGUAUCCACGACCGCCUAGUGUACAUUUACACGUCGGGCACAACUGGCCUCCCCAAGGCUGCCAUUAUCAAGCACCACCGCUACAUUUACAUCGCAAGCGCUGUGCACUUCAUCAUGCCUCUUCGCGAAGACGACGUGCUGUAUGUCUGUCUACCGCUGUACCACGUUGCGGCCUGUGCCUUGGGCUGCUCGCAGAGUCUGAUGUUCGGCCUAACCACCGUACAGCGAGGCAAGUUUUCGGCUUCAGCCUUUUGGGAUGAUUGCAUUCGGUUCAACUGUACAGUGACCCAAUACAUCGGAGAAAUAUGCCGGUACCUUCUGGCACAACCGCAAAAGCCUCAGGAUCGCCAGCACAAAAUCCGGCUAGUCUUCGGCAACGGUCUGAGGCCUCAGAUCUGGAAGGAAUUCGCUGAUCGAUUCGCUAUCAAGGACAUUCGCGAGGUAUACGGCGCCACUGAAGGCAAUUCGAAUCUGGUGAAUACUGAUAAUCGCGUUGGAGCUGUAGGCUUUGUUCCUACGAUCUUCAAAGUGAUUCCCUGGUUGGGUGAGCGGCUGCUUCCCGUUCGUCUGAUCCGAGUAGACGAAGUGACCGGAACCCCUCUGCGAGACAAGAAGGGACUCUGCAUUCCAUGCGGCCCAAACGAAGUGGGCGAGCUCGUGGGCAAGGUACAUAAUUCGCCCAUGCUACGGUUCGACGGAUAUGUCAGCAAGGAGGCAACGCGAAAGAAGCUUUACACGGACGUCUUUCACAAGGGCGACAUAGCCUUUGCUUCCGGAGACCUUCUGGUCAUGGACGAAAUGGGCUACGUCUACUUCCGCGACCGCACGGGAGAUACUUUUCGCUGGAAAGGCGAAAAUGUAUCUACCGCUGAAGUUGAAGGUGUCAUAUCCCGGGUCCUGGGUCUCACCGACUGCGUCGUGUACGGCGUCACCAUCCCCGGCGCCGAAGGUCGUGCCGGUAUGGCUGCCAUACUGGACCCCGACCGAAAAACCGACUUGGACCAGCUCUUGCGGUCGCUCCGCAAGGAGUUACCAGCGUACGCUGUGCCCGUCUUCAUCCGUCUGCUGAGUUCCCUCGACGCUACAAGCACGUUCAAGCUGAAGAAAGUGGAGCUCCAGAAACACGAGUUUCAUCUGGACCACGUGGACGACCCGUUGUAUUUCCUCGACCCUCAGACGAAGCGUUUUGUUCCGCUCGACAGAGACUUGUACAACCGUAUCUGUGCUGGUGAAGUUCGGGUUUGAAAGGACCUCCUCAAAUUGUUGAUGCCGUAGCGCUGGACAUAGAACUGUGGGACGAGCAGCGGAAUCGCUUCCCUCCCCCGGGGCUCCUGUACGGCCGUGUGAUCCCGGGCACAUUUUAGUCAAACUGAAAAAGAAUGCAUCUCCUCCCUGGACUAAGUGCGCUACGUGUGUAUCAUACCUUCAUUAAGAGUAUUGCGUUUGAAACGUAAACCAUGUGGUUCCAUCUCUCUCUUGGAGUUCAGAAAUGAAGCGUUAUCAUUCCUUA